ACAAACGCGACUGAACAUAUAAAAUUUUAUUCAUAUUUCUGGAAUUCAAGGGAAUUGUCAUUUGAUUUUAAUGAUGUCUACAAGAAGGGCAUUACAUUUUGUAUUUAAAGUCGGCAACAGAACAGAGACUGCAAAAUUCUUUAGAGAAAUCCUAGGCAUGAAAUUUCUCCGCCAUGAAGAGUUUGAGGAAGGUUGCAAAGCAUCGUGUAAUGGACCAUAUGAUGGGAAAUGGAGUAAAUCUAUGGUGGGCUAUGGUUCUGAGGAUAAUCAUUUUGUUAUAGAACUAACAUACAAUUACGGUUUAGGCUCAUACAAACUUGGAAAUGAUUUCAUGGGUAUCACAGUGUAUUCAAAGUCAGUCCUGGACAACAUAAAGAAAUAUAACUACCCAAGUACAGAAACAGAUGGUAUAGUCACAGUAAAGUCACCUGAUGGUUAUAUGUUCCAUAUUGAGAAUAAACAAAAUGAUGGGGAUCCAGUCAAGAAAGUCACUUUAGCAUCUUCAAAUUUACAGAAAUCAGUAGAUUUCUGGUCAGAGUUGUGUGGUAUGAAAGUAUAUUCUAAAGCUGACAAGACAGCUGUACUGGGCUAUGCUGAUGAUCAGUGUAAAUUGGAACUGUGUGAUAUAGGAAAGGACAUAGAUCAUGCCACAGCCUUUGGAAGGGUAGCAUUUUCUUGUCCAAGAGAAGAGUUACCAGGGAUACAGGACAAACUAAAUUCUGCCGGACAGAAGAUUCUUACUCCACUGGUCAGCUUGGACACACCUGGCAAGGCCACUGUAGAAGUUGUUAUACCGGCUGACCCUGAUGGACACGAGAUAUGUUUUGUUGGGGACGAGGCUUUCCGUGAACUUUCACAGACAGAUUCCAAGGCUGAUUCACUCCUAGAUGAGGCCAUGGCAGCAGACAAGAGUGAUGAGUGGUUUGCAAAGAAAGGAAAAUCUAAAGCAUCUGCAUAGCCUAAAAUAUUGUUUUAUUUUCUGUAUUUUCCUACUUCGUAUAAUCAAGAUAUAGAUUUAGUAUCGAGAUUUAAAUGACACCAUAGCACACUGAAAUCAUGGUAUCUUAAAAAGCUCACAAGCUUCGCUUAAUAUUUUUUUUAUUUCGACCAAGGUGUGCAGCUUGGGAGUCCUUUGCAUGAGAUAAUGCAUAGGACAGGGACAGGACUGUCCAAGGUUCUUAUCUUGAAACAAAGCUUAUCUUAGCUGUAAAGUUGCCAUACAAGAUGGGUAAUGGUGAUGGGGCAUUAUUUCUGUUGCUAGCUCUAUGAGGCCAUGUUUGAGACGAGAGUAAUUCUCAUGAAGGCAUUUGGCUAAUGAACGUCAUCUGACAUCAUAGCUUUCUUUUCUAAUUCAGUGCAUUAUGGUGUAAUAAUGCACUUCAUUGCUCAGUCUGUAAAAUAAGGGUAUCAAGUGAAAGAGUGUUAUACACAUGUAAUUGCAAUAUUGACUGCUAUAUAUAAAUUAUUAUUGAAAAUGUUUCUAGUGAUUUUUUUUAAA